UUCAGGUUUAUUUCAUGAUAAAUCCAUGAAGGSUUUCUAAAGAAAUGUUAGUUUUUAGUUGGAGUGUGCGUUUAGGUUUGCGUUUUUGUUUUUUUGUAUUUAUUGUGUUUGACGGGCUCUACCAGCUGUGCCUGUACAAGGGGUCACGGUAUCAAGUCAAAAGUAUUUACUUUGAAUCAACAGUACAUUGAGUGGUACAGCUCCAUCCACAACGUGCUUUUGGCUCSAUGGCUGCUAAUAUGACCCCUCMGGGCUGCGGCCCCGACCUGGACUCCCUCUAUUACAACCUGUGCAACCUCAGUGCUGUCUGGGGCAUCGUGGUAGAGGCCGUAGCAGCAGCUGGCGUCGUCUUCUCCUUCGUGCUCUUCGUUUCGCUUCUGGCCAGCCURCCCUUCAUCAAAAACCCCAACCAUAAAAGCUCUGUGGCUCUUCAGGCCAGCUUCCUGUUCUGCACUGCUGGACUYUUCUGCCUGACAUUCGCCUUCAUUGUGGGGAAGAACUUCUCCACCUGUGCCUCGAGAAGAUUUCUYUUUGGGGUGCUGUUUGGCGGGUGCUUCGCCUGCCUCCUGGUGCAGUGCAUCAGGCUGAACAUCUUGGCCAGGAGGAAUGCCGGGCCCCGGGGCUGGGUGCUCUGGCUGGGAGCGCUGGGGUUGUGGCUGGUGGAGGUCAUCAUCAACACCGAGUGGCUCGUCAUCACAGUCGUUCGCCACCCGCUGCUUCCUGUCAAUGCCACGACUGAACCCAUCAGAGCCACAGCAACACCUUGCAAUAUUGCCAACCAGGACUUUGUCAUGGCGCUGAUCUACGUGAUGGUUCUCAUCCUGGCUACGGUCAUGGCARGUCUUCCCAUCAUGGCGGGCAAAUAUGCAGAGUGGAAAAAGGAAGGUGGUCUCGUUCUGGUGACAAGCCUGAUCUCUGUGGGUAUCUGGGUGGCCUGGAUCGUCAUGUACGUGUAUGGGAAUGAACGAACUGGAGGCCCGACGUGGGACGACCCGACGCUGGCCAUCGCCUUGGUGGCAAAUGCUUGGGCGUUCAUCAUCAUCUACACCAUUCCUCAGAUUUGCUGUUUUAAUAGCGACGACGAGAUCGAAGAAGACUUCGGGGAGAACGCGUACACGAACCGGGGAGUCGGAUAUGAGACAAUCCUGAAGGAGCACAGCUCUCAGAAAAUGUUCAUGGAAAAUAAGGCUUUCUCCAUGGAUGAGCCAGGCCAAGGAAACAAGCCUGUGUCUCCGUACAGUAAUUACACUGGUCAGAUGCGCGCUUCAGUCUACCAACCAACUGAGCUGGCUCUCAUUACCAAAACAGUUGGAAAUCAACAACGUGAGCAGUCCUUUGACAUGAUCAUUCCCAGAGCUUCCAUGGCCUCUGCGGCCAACAGCGGGAGCAGUACCCCCUCAACACACACCGAGCCUGGGAACACUUCACGCUCACAGACAAGCGGUCAAAAUUUGCAUAGGACGGCCCAGUGGUGAUCACUACUCUACAACUGCAGCUCCACUCGACACCUGCUAUAACUUUGUCUCAUUCCUUCUCAUUUGCACUGGCUGACUGUAUGUUUGCUGUUUUUCACGGUUCCCUAAGCUGGCUCUAAGAGGAACCCCAUGGCCCCAACACAUGGAGGUGAACGUUAGAUCACCCCGGUGAUGGCGGUCAGAUAAACCCUCUAUUGACUGAUCGUGCGGACCACCAGGUGUCGGACAGUAGAGAGCUUAAUUCAGAGGAGAAAUCCCAGGGAUGAAGCUGUGCUUUCUGCAACAAAGUCUUUGUUGCAGAAAGAACAAAGACUUUCUGCAAAAGACACCAUUUGCUGACAACGAACUUUCAGCUCUCAGCUGCAAACACACAGAUGCACAAGGAUCGUGCUGACAGUGCCAGAAUUUUUGGGACACAACGUACUCUAUAUUCACACUUCACUUAAUCAUCAAAUCAUUUUCCACCAGUCAAAAUAAAGAAACCAGUUGCAAGUGCUUAUGAUUAAUGGCUGUAGAAAUGUAGGUUCGAUUGUAGGAGUAAAUGCCAUUUGUUAUGUCUUCACAAAAUUGAAUUAUUGUAAAUACAGUUUGUUUGUGUCGGUAUCAUUAGUAAUGCACUGCAUGGAAGUAUUGUAAGGGUGUGUAUUGUAAUUCUAUUUAAAGUGCUGCUGUGUGUUGUUUAAUUGUUUUAAAUGAUUUCUACCAAUCAAACAAUCGUGAGAUUUCAGAACUGAA